AUGUUGACUGGUAAGUCUUCAGUUGGCGAAGAAGAUAAUUUUACUUUUGAAAUUAAUUCUUUUCCACCAAUGGAUAUUGUAAAACUAUUAAACAACAAAUCGUCAGAUGAUAAAUCUUCUCCAGAGAAGAUUCAAGGAGCCUUAGUCUACGACGAUAGCAAUCUAGAAAAAUUCAAAGACGAUGGAUUUUUUCCAAGGACUUCUUCAACACCAGGCUCAGAUGACAUAGAACUCGCCACCUCAACACCAGACUCAUCAAUUCCAAUAAAUAGCGAGAACCCGAAGCCCAAAAAUAAUUAUUUAUAUAAAGAUAAAAGUAGUAUUCAUCCUCAACAACAUCAACAACAAUCCUAUCCUCCUCAACAGCCGCAAAAUAAAUAUACAAGAAAAUCACCACCGACUCCACCACGUCCUGACUUUAUUUCUGAGACCAACUAUAAUAAUAGUUCAAAACCACCAAUACAACAACAUCAACUAAAACACAACUCAAACCAACCGAUUAAUAAUAAUAGAAAUUAUAAAAGAAAAUCACCACCUAACAAUAACGGGUCAGAAUCAUCUUCACCUCCUUUGUUGCCGUCUCAACAACCUAACUAUAAAAGAAAAUCACCUCCCCACCAUGAAAUCAUUUUACCUAGUUUAUCAUCAUCUAUAGAAUAUAUAGGACAGAUUGAUGAAAUGCCACCAACUUCUCAACAACAACAACAAAAUCAUAAUCAUCACCAACAACACUUUAAUAAACAAUAUAAUGGUCGCCAUCAAAACCACCAACAUCAUCAACCAUUACCAUAUAAUAGUUUUCAUCAACCACAACCGGCAAUUCUUCACCAUGUUAAUCCACGACCAAACAAUAGUCAACAUCAACAUCACCAACAACUUCAUCAACCGAAUAGUCAAUUUAACCAACACCACAGCCUUCAACCUAUUCAUCACAAUAUCCAAAAUCCUUCGAAAUCACCACCUUCCAUCAAUUCACCAUCGAAUCCAUCAGGUCGAUACACGUGCCAACACAUUGGAUGUACCUCAAGCUACAGUCACUCGAGUGGACGUUCCAAUCACUACAACACCUCCCAUAUAGAGCCAUGCCAAACUGAAGGAAACCUGGAGUGUGAACAAUGUAUAUCAGUAUUCAAGAAACAAUCAACCAAAAAAGUGAAAUGCCGACACGAGGUGCCUUGUGACAAAGUCCUAUCAACUUCGAAUAGAGCCAGUCACGAGAAAAAUAUGAAAAUGCAUACCAAAUGUAGUCCAAACUGUAAAAAAUGUCAAGAAAACCGUAUGAACCAAUCCAAAAAGCCAACAGAAACCCAAGUAAUAGCCCAGCUUCUCACCCCUAUCGAAAAUCAACAAUCACAACAAAAACCAUCCAAUUCAAUUUUACAACUUCAACUCUCUGGUACUCUCUUCCCAUCCAGUGACUCCAACCCCAACUCUGAUGAUACUGACACCGAUAGUGACCAAACAACAACGACUACUACCACAACGACUACUACCACUACCACUUCCAAGAGAAAAAAAAAAAUUAAAAUUAGUUCAUAUGUUAUAUAUACUUCAAAAUUGACUCCGAGUCUUGUUUGCUCUCCAACCUCCAUUUAUUCACUCCUACCACCACUUAUUCUUCUCACAGCAUUUUGCUGA